AGUCGCCAGUCCACUGACAAUCACGCAAAGGAGAAGAAGAUUUUUCCAUUUAGGUGUGUGAUGAGAUCACGGAAUAAAAUCCUCAAAAUCGUCAAUGAAAAUUGCAAUAGUCGCUGGUAGAGUGCUUAUUUCCAGUGUUGAAGUGUUACUAAAGUGCGGGGGUGCAAGUGUGAAACUCCCGGAGUGCACAUAGAAUUGCUGGAAAGGAGAGACGACAGAGGUGCGAGAUUGCGAGGAAACUGCCAAAUGCGCUUCAAUGGACGCAGCGGCUAUAAUUACGCAAGUGUCCCGCGAAGAUGAGCAAUUGAAUGCAUAUCCCGUCGACAAAGUGGAAAAUGUCGAUGACAGACUAAAGCCACCGAAGCGAGGAUUCUUCCAGGCGAUAUUCUGUUGUUGGCGACGAGCACGGACGAAAAGCAACCAAAAUGGGACACCGGUGGAUGGAUCAAUUACGCCACCUCCACUUCAGGGACCCCAGAAGUAUUUGUUGCCACCGGUUCGGCAUUCGGAUAUGCACAAGAAGUGCAUGGUUAUAGAUUUAGAUGAGACCCUAGUGCAUAGCAGUUUUAAGCCUAUCCCAAAUGCAGAUUUCAUUGUUCCAGUGGAAAUUGAUGGGACAGUUCAUCAAGUGUACGUACUCAAAAGGCCACAUGUCGAUGAGUUUCUCAAGAAAAUGGGAGAACUCUAUGAAUGUGUCCUUUUUACGGCUUCGCUGGCGAAAUAUGCCGAUCCCGUGGCUGAUUUGCUGGACAAAUGGAAUGUUUUUCGUGCGAGACUCUUUAGAGAAUCAUGUGUCUACCAUCGUGGUAAUUAUGUAAAAGACUUGAACAAGUUGGGGAGAGAUUUGCAAAAGAUUGUCAUUGUCGAUAAUUCACCUGCAAGUUACAUCUUCCACCCGGACAAUGCGGUGCCAGUGAAAUCCUGGUUUGAUGACAACACGGAUUCCGAAUUGCUCGAUUUGAUACCUUUAUUUGAGAAAUUGAGCAAAGUGGAAUCGGUUUAUAGUGUUUUGUGCAAUUCAAAUCAGCCCAUUUUGCAAUCGGGAAGUCCGCCCAGCACAAAUGACGUGAAUAACACGUAACAUUGGGAAUACUAUUUUAUAAAUAUUUAAGGGACAGAAAAAAAAUGAUAAGAGAAAAAAAAGAACGAGACACAUUUUUACAAUUGUAAGGAAAAAAAAUUAAAAGAUUUUUUUUUUAGAAGACAAUUUGAAAAGAGAUUUGCGCCCUUAAAAAACAGUCCAGACACAUUUUACCUUUUUUUUUGUUUUAUCAAUUUUUAUCAUUUUAUAUUUAAAAAAAUAUAUAUUUUAGAGAGAAACAGAAAUUGUCCAGGGCGAAAAAUUUAGUUUGUUUUCAAAUUAAGAAAAAAAAAAUUAUGAUUAGAUUGUAGUGCUAUUUUAUGUAAUGAUUUAGAAAACAAAAAAACAAAAUAAUCAAAGGGAAAAUUCUUCAAGAAGAAUACAGUGAGUGAUUGUGUUGUGAUUGUGCGUGAGUGAAUGUUGUGUAAAAAAACGUAUUUAGAAGGAUAUUUUACAGAAUGAUUACGUAAAUUUUGAAAGAUGAAUGAAUGCAUGAAAAAAAGUAUAAAAAUUUUAAAAAAAAUUGUCAAAUGGAUGUUUUUUUUAGCAGAAAGAAAGACUGGAUGUGAACGAUGUAUAAUCUUUACUGUAAUAUUUUAUUUCUGUAUACAAUAUUUGAAAUAUAAAAUGAAAAUCGCGAGUAUGUGAAUGUGAGAGUGAUAAAAAAUCAUUUUACCUGUAGAUUUACAAAAAAAAAAUAAAAUCCAGUAAAACAUAAUUUAUAAAAAAAAACCACACCAAUUAUUCUGUUUCUUUUUAAGAUGAUUGAACAGUUAAUUUUGGACAUAAUUCAUGUUUUAUUUGGAAUUAUGCGCCGAAAAAAAAGCACGUUACUUGUUAACUCUUGAAUUUAUAUUCUUUAUAUUAAUCAACAAUAAUUUACCAACAAACCUCUCUGUUUAGCAAAUUUUUAUCAAUAGACAAAAGAAAAAACAGUAUUAAUUACCGCGAGUCACAUUAAAAACAAUUAUCAUUGCACCCUCUUUUUUACAUUUUGUUUCUUUCCACAAAACUUAUCCAGAAAAAAAAACAUAAGAGUAAAUAAAAUAGAAAAAUACAUCACCAAUAGAAAUAUUUAAGAAAGAAAAAAAAAAUCACGAGCAAAAUGGACCACAAAAAUAUAUUCAGAUUAAUGAAAAAAGAAACAUAGAAAGUUUUAUCAAAAUAAACCCAACUGUAUAUUUGAAGAACAAGAAAAUCACUUUAAAAAAAAGAUUGAACUGAAUUUGUAUUUUUAUACAAUUUGAAAGAGGAAUCACAUUUGAAAUCAAUUUAGUAUAUAGAUGUAUUUUAUAUAGAAGAAAAAAAAAGAAGGUAGUUUUUCCAGAAUAAAUGUCCUUUUUGUG